UCAUGCAUCUGGGUGGGACCUGUUCAAUGUGACAUCUCAGUGGGUGGGACCAGCAGCUGAUAGUUAGAAGCUUUUCUGACCCGCGUUUGGCGACGCUUCCUCUUCUGCUCGGACCCAGGCUGAGUUCAGCUCUGUCCAGUUUUCUGAAUCUCCAGUUUGGGAACCUACACUCCUUUUACAAUGGCAGCAAUUGGAGACCGUGGAACAGUGACCGAGGCGUCCGGUUUUGAUGCCGAGGCCGAUUGCCAGAAGCUGCGGGAGGCCAUGAAAGGAGCCGGCACCAAUGAGGCCACUAUCACCGAGGUCCUGGCCCACCGUACUAUUGCCCAGAGGCAACGCAUCAAGGAGGCCUACAAGCAAACAGUGGGGAAGGACCUGGCUGAUGAUCUGUCCUCUGAGCUGAGCGGGAACUUCAAGUCUGUCGUUCUGGGUCUGCUGAUGCUCGCUCCUGUGUACGACGCCUAUGAGCUGAGGAACGCCAUGAAGGGGGCCGGUACAGAGGAGGCGUGUCUGAUCGAAAUACUCGCCUCAAGGUCAAACGCUGAGGUGAAAACCAUCUGCUCAGUCUACAAGAAUGAAUAUGGGAAGGACCUGGAAAGUGCUGUUUGUGGAGACACAUCUGGAAUGUUUCAGAGGGUUUUGGUCUCUUUACUCUCGGCUGGACGGGAUGAAAGCGACGCGGUGGACGAGGCCCAGGCUGUCCAGGAUGCCAAGGAGAUCUACGAGGCUGGGGAGGCCCGAUGGGGCACAGACGAGGUUAAGUUUCUCACUGUGCUUUGUGUGAGGAACCGACACCAUCUGCUGAGAGUGUUUGAUGAGUAUCAGAAGAUUUCUGGAAAAGACAUUGAGGAGAGCAUCAAGAGGGAGAUGUCCGGCUCUCUGGAGGACGUCUUUCUGGCCAUAGUGAAAUGCCUGAGGAACAAGUCAGCCUUCUUUGCUGAGCGGCUAUACAAAUCAAUGAAGGGGCUCGGGACCACAGAUACUGUCCUCAUCAGAACAAUGGUCUCCAGAGCUGAGAUUGACAUGCUGGACAUUAAAGCUCAAUUCCAAAAGAUGUACGGAAAGUCUCUGUACUCCUUCAUCAAGGGAGACACAUCUGGUGACUACCGCAAAAUCCUUCUGGAACUGUGUGGAGGCGAGUGAAGGGAAAAGGCAGAACGACAUCCUUUUAACUCUUCAUUUCACAAAAAAAAAAGUUAUGAGCCUUUGUCUUCUGUUUUUUUUUUCCCUCUGUGUCUCUCACAUUUCACAGCCUUGUUUUAACAUUUGUAAAACCAAUUAAACCAAAGACCAGUGACCUUUUA